CUCCCCCUCCCUGUGGCCGCGCGGCGUCGCUCUCCGGGUAUUUGAACCGCGCUUCCGCCAUCUUCCCAGCGCCCAGUCACUGAAGGGAGCGACGCGGAGAGAACCCUCGGGAAAGACCCAGCAUGGCCGCCCAAGGAGAGCCCCAAGUGCAGUUUAAGCUUGUCCUGGUUGGUGAUGGUGGCACUGGUAAAACAACAUUUGUAAAACGUCAUUUGACUGGUGAAUUUGAAAAGAAGUAUGUAGCAACGCUGGGUGUUGAAGUUCAUCCCCUGGUGUUCCAUACUAACAGAGGCCCUAUUAAAUUUAAUGUAUGGGACACAGCUGGCCAAGAGAAAUUUGGUGGUCUGCGAGAUGGUUAUUACAUCCAAGCUCAGUGUGCCAUCAUAAUGUUCGAUGUAACAUCAAGAGUUACUUACAAGAAUGUACCUAAUUGGCACAGAGAUCUGGUACGAGUAUGUGAAAACAUCCCCAUAGUGUUGUGUGGCAACAAAGUGGAUAUUAAGGACAGAAAAGUCAAGGCAAAAUCCAUUGUCUUCCACAGGAAGAAGAAUCUCCAGUAUUAUGACAUUUCAGCUAAGAGUAACUACAACUUUGAGAAGCCUUUCCUCUGGCUUGCUAGAAAGCUAAUUGGAGAUCCUAACUUGGAGUUUGUUGCCAUGCCUGCUCUUGCACCACCUGAAGUUGUUAUGGACCCAGCACUGGCAGCACAGUAUGAGCAAGACUUACAGAUUGCUCAAACCACUGCACUGCCAGAUGAAGAUGACGACCUGUGAGGGAUGAAGCUGGAGCCCAGCGUCAGAAGUCUAGUUUUAUAGGCAACUGUCCUGUGAUGUCAGUGGUGCAGCGUGUUUGCCACUUUAUUAUCUAGCUGAGCAGAACAUGUGCUUAAUCUUUGGGAUGCUGAAAGAGAUGAAUGGGCUUCGGAGUGAAUGUGGCAGUUUAAAAAAAACAAACCAAAAAACAAACAAAACGGAAAGGAAAAAAAACAAAAAAAAAACAAAACGGAAAGAAAAAAUAAAACAAAAAACUUCAUAUUUUGGACCUGCAUAUUUAGCUGUUUUUUGGACUGCAAUUACUUCCCCUUUUGAGUUUCAAAUAUAAGACUGCUGCAGUCACAUCAGAGUGUUAAGUGGUAAAUCUUGUUUCUGUCAUUCCCAUUCUUUUUUGUUUAGAUAAUAAAGUUGUAUUUCAAGUAUCUCUAA